CAGAAGCUCCAUUUUUAUGGACAUUUAUUUCUCUCUUUCUCUCUCUCUUUCUUCCAUUCUUGCCUGAAAAAACAAUACUGUCUGCAACCACCAUCGUCAAGAAAUUUAUCUCACCUAAUUAAGUUUCUUCGUCAACCAUUUUCUUUUUCACCAAAAUCCAACAAUUCUAUCCUUCCGAACGUACAAAAAGAAGCCAUAAGAACCAGCUUUUGCUAAAAAAUGGGUGUUUUUACUUCGAAAGAAUACUUGAAAGAAGCUGACUUUAUGGCUCCAGGUGUGAUCUAAUGCUUGUUUCCUGUUUACAGUUUCUUGGGUUGGGUAAGUAUCUGUGGAGCUGAAAGUUAAAGAAAAAUAAAGAGACUCGAACUUUAUCUCUUAAUGGACGCUCGAGAAAAGCAGCAUAAGCAGUUGGUUUUCCAUUGAUGGUAUUUUGUUCAUAACAUUGUGUAUAUUAUAGAGAGGUUUUCUUUCAAAGUCGAGGAUUUUUCGAUCUUGGUUUGGUGAGUUUAGUUGGGUAUGGUUAACAUUUUCCCUUACAUAUACACUGAUGGCUUUGUUCAUAUGGUUUCUCCUCCAUUGCCGUUGAUGCAUAUUCAUGGAAGUUUUCUUCAUGUUCUUUUGCUUUUCCUUUUGUUCUCUCAUCAAAAUUAAAAGGAGCAUGUAAUGAUAGUGUUUGGUAGUUAUCAGAAUUUGCCAUCUUGGUGUUUUUUAGAAGCCUAGUGUGCAAGUCACAAUCAAAAAGUUUUUGUCUUUAUAUACCUCUAUAUAUAUAGUGUUCGACGGUAACUAUCAAACCAGAAAGUUGGAGACUUUGAGGUAUCUACGAUCUUCUUAUAUUGAAAAUGGGCUUUGCAAUGGGAAUCUUUAACUGGGUGUUGAAGAUUUACACAUUUAAAGCUGGAAUUCUAGUUCAACUUGUUGUUCUAUCAGAUUUGUGGUGGUUGGUUUCAGGCCUAGGUUCUAUAUCUUCCAUUGCCAUUUCUUAUGGUGAGAAUGGCCCCGUUUUUUGUGGUUUAAAAUCAGACGGGUCUCAUCUUGUGACUUGUUAUGGUUCAAACUCUGCUAUAAUUUACGGUACUCCAGCUCAUUUUCCUUUUAUUGGCCUAACUGCCGGAGAUGGCUUUGUUUGUGGGCUUCUAAUGGCUUCUAACCAGCCGUAUUGUUGGGGAAGUAGUGGUUAUAUUCAAAUGGGUGUUCCUCAACCUAUGGUGAAAGAGGCUGAGUAUAUAGAAAUAAGUGCAGGUGAUUACCAUUUAUGUGGUUUGAGAAAACCAUUAACAGGGAGGCACAGAAACUAUUCUCUUAUUGAUUGUUGGGGAUAUAACAUGACCAAGAACCAUGUGUUUGAUGGUCAGAUUCAAUCCAUUUCAGCCGGUUCAGAAUUUAACUGUGGGUUGUUCUCUCAAAAUAGAACUGUUUUUUGUUGGGGUGAUGAGACUAGUAGUCAUGUGAUAAGCUUAAUUCCUGAACAAAUGAGGUUUCAAAGAAUUGCAGCUGGUGGAUAUCAUGUUUGUGGGAUUCUAGAGCUCAAUUCUAGAGUCUUUUGUUGGGGAAGAAGCUUGAAUCUUGAAGAAGAGAUCUCUGUUGCAUAUUCAGGUCAAGUAAAUGUUGAUUUGCCACCAAGUGAUCCUAUUCUUUCAGUUGUUGGAGGAAAAUUUCAUGCUUGUGGAAUCAAGAGCUAUGACCGUGGGGUUAUUUGUUGGGGUUUUAUUGUUAAGCCAAGCACACCAGCUCCUAAUGGCAUUAAAGUCUACGAAAUUGCAGCUGGAAAUUACUUCACUUGCGGAAUUCUUGCGGAGAAAUCUCUCCUACCUGUUUGUUGGGGUCUCGGGUUCCCUAACUCUCUUCCAUUGGCAGUCUCACCUGGACUUUGCAAAAGCACUCCUUGCAUGCCCGGUUCUUAUGAAUUUAGCAGUGGCAAUGCACCUUGUAAAUCUCCCAAUUCCCAUGUCUGCUUGCCUUGCAGUAAUGGUUGCCCUGCAGAAAUGUAUCAGAAAACUGAAUGUACUUUGAAAUCAGAUCGACUAUGUGAAUAUAAUUGUUCAAGUUGCUAUUCAGCCGAAUGUUUCUCAAAUUGUUCUGCCUUGCAUUCUAAUGCUGCUGCUUCUAAAGGAAAGAAGGAUGAUAAGUUUUGGUCUUUGCAAUUACCAGUUAUAAUUGUAGAGAUUGGAUUUGCUGUGCUCUUGGUUCUUGUUGUGACUGCAACUUCUAUUCUUUAUGUACGCUACAGAUUGAGGCAUUGCCAAUGCGCUUCAAAGGAAUCCAAUUCCAAGAAAAGCAAAGGUAGUGGUGUUUCAUUUCCUAAAGAUAAUGGCAAGGUUCGCCCAGACUUGGAUGAUCUUAAAAUAAGGAGGGCCCAAAUGUUCUCUUAUGAGGAACUUGAAAGGGCUACCAAUGGGUUCAAAGAAGAAUCUUUAGUGGGAAAAGGGAGUUUUUCUUGUGUUUAUAAAGGGGUAAUGAAGAAUGGGACAGUAGUUGCUGUUAAAAAGGCAAUAGUGUCAUCCGAUAAGCAAAAGAACUCGAAAGAAUUCCACACUGAGCUUGAUCUAUUAUCGAGGCUAAAUCAUGCCCAUUUGUUGAAUCUACUUGGCUAUUGUGAAGAAGGUGGAGAAAGGCUUCUAGUUUAUGAGUUCAUGGCUCAUGGCUCCUUGCACCAACACCUUCAUGGGAAGAACAAGUCCUUAAAAGAGCAAUUGGAUUGGGUUCGAAGGGUUACCAUCGCAGUUCAAGCAGCUCGAGGAAUUGAAUACCUGCAUGGAUAUGCCUGCCCACCUGUCAUUCAUCGAGACAUAAAAUCUUCUAACAUUCUCAUCGAUGAAGAACACAAUGCUCGUGUAGCUGAUUUCGGUCUUUCUUUGUUAGGACCAGCUGAUAGUGGCUCACCAUUAGCUGAGCUACCUGCUGGAACACUUGGCUAUCUUGAUCCUGAGUACUAUAGACUUCACUACCUAACUACAAAAUCUGAUGUUUAUAGUUUUGGGGUGCUGCUUUUGGAAAUCCUUAGUGGAAGGAAGGCCAUAGAUAUGCAGUAUGAAGAAGGAAAUAUAGUUGAAUGGGCAGUUCCUCUCAUUAAAUCAGCGGAUAUAUCAGCAAUCUUGGAUCCACUUUUGAAGCCUCCACCUGAUAUUGAAGCUUUGAAAAGAAUUGCAAAUGUGGCUUGCAAAUGUGUUAGAAUGAAAGGCAAAGAAAGACCAUCAAUGGACAAAGUAACAACAGCAUUAGAGCGUGCUCUGGCGCUACUAAUGGGUAGUCCAUGUAAUGAGCAACCAAUAUUGCCUACUGAAGUAGUUCUUGGAAGCAGUAGAUUGCACAAGAAAUCCUCUCAAAGAUCUUCAAACAGAUCAGCAUCAGAGACUGAUAUAGUGGAAGCCGAGGAUCAAAGGUUCGAGUUUCGAGCACCUUCAUGGAUAACAUUUCCAAGUGUUACUUCUUCACAACGGAGAAAGUCUUCAGUAUCAGAAGCAGAUGUUGAGGGGAAAAAUUCAGAAGCAAGAAAUGUUGGUUAUAAUGGAAAUGGGGGUGAUGGGCUAAGGAGUUUGGAGGAAGAGAUAGGGCCUGCUUCACCUCAAGAAAGAUUGUUCUUGCAGCACAAUUUCUGAGAUGAUCUUUGAAAACAUUUUGAUUGUUGAUUAUGUGGUUUUUGAGUUUUCAAAUUUUAGUUCUAUUUCUUUCAGGAUGAGAAUGUAUAAAAAAAAAAAAAAAAAAUGCUGGGAGGAUGUAAUUUUCUGGAAUAGCAGUUGCUGCCACUGGCAGUAUGACUACUCCCAUGUUCUUGCUUGUGCUGUAACUUAUAAGCUGCCAAUUUAUGAAUUCAAUUCUAACAAUUUGAUGUUCUUUGUUUGAUA